UUUAUCAAGUUUUCUUCACUGAAGUGGACCGCUACAUGUUUUGUGGACCAGUUAUAACGGCUAGUUGCCGGUAAGGAGGGGGUAUUAGAUCGCCGUCUGCGAACCAUUGUUCUUGUAACGCCAGCUAUCUACUGAGUCUAUUCGUCAUCGACAGAGCAAGUGAUGUAGACCCAGGUAUUACUACAGAACCAGUCCGCACGGACUACAAGGAACAUAACCGCGGAUACGACAUCCGUUAGGGAUUGGGGCGUCCAAUGUAUUUUGCCGUGUUUAGUACUGGCCCCUGGGGGUUUGAUUACAGUCGUCCGAAGAAAUAUUACACAAAAUUCUUGUUCAGUAGGUAAAACUGCAUAGAAAAGCCGCAACUGACAUAGUCUAGGCUGCCGCGGGUUUUAUAACUUGCACGCAACUCUCCUUUGGCAAACGACCCUCACUAGACCCAUAGGAGGAAAUCCGUCUAUCUAGACCUUGCUCGAAAUGGACAUGGACGACAUCAUGUCGUGCAAGAUCUGCAUGGAGAACUUCACCGACCACAUCAGACCCAGAACUUUGAAAUGUGGGCACAGCUUCUGCACCAGAUGUCUGGGCAAUUUCAUCUCUAAAGGCAGCCUCAUGUGUCCUAUGUGUCAGCUUCCAGUCGAGGGCAAAAGUGCCCUGGACUUCCCAGUAAACUUCAGCAUGGAGGAAAUGAUAUCGAGCCUAAAGCUGACGCAAAACGUUGGUGCUAUGGGCCAGUCUCUGACUCCACCUUCAGGUACAGCCAACGCUCCGUUGCUGGAGAGGGAUCAAGGGAUGAGCAGUCUGAUGCACAACCUCGUACUUCAGCACAAGGAGAACUCCAAGGUCCUCGCCAGGGACGGCAAGAAGAUCCAGUCCUACCUGGAGAAGUACAGGAACUACCUGGAUGACAAAAGGCGUGAACACGAGCACUUCGUCGUCCAGUUGAUGGAGCUGGUCGACAAGAACAGGCAGGUGAUCAGGCAGAUCGAGGCCGAAAGAGCAAGAGUUUGCUGCUCUCAGGAGCAGGGAGUGGUUUGUCAGAACCGACUAGAUGGCAAUCUAGCCAGUUUAGACGUCGUCUUGACCUCCAGAGACGCUGCUUCUACCAUCGAGGAGCUGGACAAGUGUUGUGCAGAUCUGGAGAAAUGGAGCUUGACCGUUCAGAGUCAGCUGCCUGAUUCCAAGGUCGUUGCUUGUUCAGAAGCGGUAACAGAAGAAUCAAAGGCUGCCAUAGAAGCAGCUUACGUCCAUCUGAAAGACGACUUGGGAGGCAUUUCAUCAAAUGCUCUAGACUUCACUCAUUCGCCUUUGUCGAUCAUCGACAAACUACAUCGCUGUCAAGGAAAACCGACUAUUUUUGUGCCAAACCUGAAGAAUAAGUCUGAGUUCUUGAGGAGGCUGCUCAGGAAUAAGCGCCUGUAUGCCGUCAGGCAGAGCAAAGGAAAGGUUCGCUCUGCAAUGCUCACAUUCAUCAACAACAAAGUAUACCUGCCUUGUUUGCGAGAAGCUGAACCUCCCGCAGACGCCCAUACCAUUGAUCACCAGACCCUCAUUAGUUCGCUGAACACCGACAACGUAACGGCUUUCCUGGACCUGUCUUGGGGAGGCAUCACGCGCGGUAGGAUUCACAUCAGCCUAGCGCCGGACACGCCCUUGGCGCGGAACUUCCGGACCCUUUGCACCGGCGACUUGGAGAAGUCCUCCUACCUUCACUCUAGGUUUCUGGAAGUCUACAAACAAGGCUACGUCAUCGACGAAUGCAUCAGGGCCGGCGACUACGAGACGAACACCGGCCUGACCGGAGCUGUUGUUGUCAAGGGCUCUGACCCAAAAGAAGCCGUCUAUAGUCGCAAAAUUGUAACCGGUAUGGUCUGGGCGACCCACAAAGACUUGGACGGGCCGAUGACUUCCCAGUUCUCCAUACGUACCGGCAGAGGGACGCUGUACUGGGUUGUUGGGGCGUUCGGACAGGUCAUUGACGGGAUUGAAGUUGUGAAAGAGGCUGCCAAACUGAAGGAGGUCUCUGAGGUGCAGAUCACCGAAUGCGGUGUGAUAGUACCAUCGUGCUGAGUGAGACCGCUUCGUGUAAUUCCCAAUUGGUGGCACAGACUGUGAUUAAUCUCUAUAGUAGAGUCACAUCAGCCGUGCAUUUGAUGUCUAGGCCAGUCCCUUACGACGGACGCUCUUGAUUGGCUGUUGGUAAGCCAAUCACAGGGCUGGAAAGUUGGAAACUCUCAGUCUCUCUCGAGAGAGUUCAUAUAGGCAGAAUGUAUGUCCCACUUCUCCUGAGAGAUGCUUUUGAAAGACGUAUCCCACAGUAGAGGUGGAACAUACAUCCUGCCUAUGUGAUCUCUUGAGAGAGACUGAGAGUUUCCAGCCCCAUGAUUGGCCUAUCAACAGUCAAUCAGGACCGUCGUAAGGGACUGGCCUAGACAUCAGAUGCACCGGUGAUGUGGAUCUACUGUAGCUCCGUUAAUGUUUGAAGUUGUAACUUCAUUUAUAUACCGCUCAUGGUUCGUAUUUUUUUGUUUGUAUGUGGAAUUUAUAUCCUACGGGUGUUCUAUGCAAAGUUUUCUUAAGAUAUUCCGUACAGCAAUAUGAUAGUCGACCGUCAGAGUUCCAGCCCUGUUUAACUGUACAGAAGUUGAUGCUGUAUUCAUUACAAUUUCGUAGUAAAAUCUACAUUCUUGCUACUUAUGCAAAGGACCCUGAUAAUGUUUGGUUUGACCAAUAAAAUGUCAUGUGUCUAAAA